AUGGCGGAACAGCUAGAAUUCGAGCAUUCGAAGUCGAGACAGUUCCGUUCGUAUAAUAUCUUGAUGAUCCUGUUGAUGUCGCUUGGGUCCAUCGGUUACGGAUACAAUGCUAGCAUCAUUGCAACUACUUUGGCACAGCCAUCUUUCAUAUCAUACUUUGAGCUAGACACGCGCCCCGACGGCACAGAGUUGAUCGCAACCACAAACGGUCUUUAUCAAGCAGGAGGCUUUCUUGCUGUUUUCUCAGUCUCCUGGCUUGCAGAUCGAUGGGGUCGACGUUUUGCGAUUGGCAUUUCAGCACUCAUAAACCUGAUCUCCGGGGCUGGUCUCACAGGAAGCGUACACAUUGGCAUGUUCAUAUUCUUCCGGUUUCUGGCCGGCGCCGGGGCAUUCAUGAUAGUGGCCGCUGUUCCGAUAUGGAUGAAUGAAGUUGUGCCUCCUAGUGUCAGGGGGGUAUUGGUCGAUUGCCAUUGUGUGGGGCUCCUUAUUGGAUACACGUCUGCAACGGUUAUUGGUUACGGCUUUUUCCACCUUCCACCGGACAACAAUGGAGGUUGGAGAGGUCCUCUCUCGUUCCAAUGUCUACCGGUGGCCCUCUUACUCAUAGGGAUCUAUUGGAUGCCGGAGUCACCGAGAUGGCUCAUCAGCCAAGAUCGCAUCGAGGAAGCAGAAAAGGUCCUCAACAAGCUUCAUGCUCCAGAAGAAGCAAGGAUUGAGCUUCAACAAAUUCGCACUGCGAUCGAUAUCGACCGCCACUUGGAAAAAUCAUGGUGGUCGAUGUUUGCUAAGAAAAGCUACCGGAAACGUUCAUUUCUGGCCAUGGGCAUGGCUGCUUCGAUUCAGACGAGCGGAAUCCUGGUCGUAAACAAUUAUGGUCCGACAAUCUAUGCGUCGCUAGGAUUCGACACCAAUAAACAGCUGAUCUACCAAAUCGGAUGGUGUUGCACUGCCCUCGGAACUGGCAUAAUGUCAUUUUUCAUAAUCGAUCGCUUCAGAAGACCCACCCUACUCGCCUUGGGUGUCGGUGGCUGCGCCUCAUGCCUAGUCAUUCUAUGUGGUUUGAUUGGCAAGUAUGCUAGCUCACCAGAGAAGUUGGGGAAUCCUAACCGACCAGCCCUCAACGCGGCAGUCGGCAUGAUAUACUUGUUGACUGCAUUCUAUCAAUUGGGUUUGGACGGUGUCCAAUUUGCAUACCUUGGUGAAUUGUUUCCUAAUCAAAUCCGCGCUAAGGGCAUGGUGUUGGGGAUUGCAACGAUUUGCGGUAUGAAUAUCAUGUGGUUGCAAUCAGCUCCUGUAGCUUUCAAAGAAAUCGGCUGGAAAUUCUACAUCUGUUUCUUUGUGCCCGGUUUGAUUGCAGCAACCAUCAUUUGGUUCUACUUUCCUGACACUUUGGGCGUACCACUGGAAGAGGUCGCGAAACUCUUUGGAGACCAUGACGAACUGUUCGGCCCUGAGACGAUUAUCCAAGAGAAGUCCAGGCAAUCCGAGGAACUUCCAAAACAGGAUAUCAGCACCCACGUUGAAACAGCUUCAGUGUGA